AUCUCCUGCUACUUGAAACCAAUCCAUCCUAGCUUCCUUCUUGUCUCCCCUCCGUCAAGCAGUGUCACUCUCUAUCCCCAUGGCGAAGAUCAAGAUCGGGAUCAAUGGGUUUGGUAGGAUUGGUAGGCUUGUGGCGAGAGUGGCUCUGCAAAGCAGCGAUGUUGAGCUUGUCGCCGUCAACGACCCCUUCAUCAGCACUGAGUACAUGACAUACAUGUUCAAGUAUGACACUGUCCAUGGACAGUGGAAGCACCAUGAUGUCAAGGUGAAGGACUCGAAGACCCUUACUUUUGGUGAAAAUGAGGUUGUUGUGUUUGGUUGCAGGAACCCUGAGGAGAUCCCGUGGGGUUCGGUUGGCGCUGAUUAUGUUGUUGAGUCUACUGGUGUUUUCACUGAACAGGACAAGGCUGCAGCUCACUUGAAGGGUGGUGCUAAGAAGGUCAUCAUUUCUGCUCCUAGCAAGGAUGCACCCAUGUUCGUCGUCGGUGUUAACGAGAAGGAAUACAAGUCUGACAUUAACAUUGUCUCUAAUGCUAGCUGCACUACCAACUGCCUUGCUCCUCUUGCUAAGGUCAUCAAUGACAAGUUUGGCAUUGUGGAGGGUCUGAUGACCACCGUUCAUGCCAUCACUGCUACCCAAAAGACGGUUGAUGGGCCAUCAGCUAAGGACUGGAGAGGUGGAAGGGCUGCUAGCUUCAACAUCAUUCCCAGUAGCACCGGAGCUGCUAAGGCUGUUGGCAAAGUGCUUCCUGCCCUUAAUGGGAAGUUGACUGGAAUGGCUUUCCGUGUUCCUACCGUUGAUGUCUCUGUCGUUGAUCUGACUGUUAGGCUUGAGAAGUCAGCUACCUAUGAUGAGAUCAAGGCUGCGAUCAAGGCCGAGGCAGAGGGUGCCCUCAAGGGCAUUUUGGGUUAUGUUGACGAGGACCUUGUUUCCACUGACUUCCUAGGUGACAACAGGUCUAGCAUCUUUGAUGCUAAGGCCGGCAUUGCUUUGAAUGGUAACUUCGUGAAGCUUGUGUCCUGGUAUGACAACGAGUGGGGAUACAGCACCCGUGUGAUCGACCUGAUCUGCCACAUGUACGGCACCAACUAGAUGAGCAAACUGAAAUCCAGGUUGAGUUGUGUUUCGUCAUCGGAGAAGUGUAGAGAGCCUCUUCUGAGAAUAAAUUUUGUAACGAAUUAUAGUGUGUGUAUAUGUAACCCAUUGGUUGGUUGAGUAUGUGGUGGCUCAUAUUUUGUCUGGUUUAUGUGCCAUCGUUAAACUUUUAACUGAUAGUUGCAUUCUCUCAUUUGUCUUUA